AUGUCGAUUACGGACUGGUCCCCCGAGAACCCCAUUCUGGCCUACCUACAGACAUUGAUAGCUACCAAAAAGACCCUUCCUUAUGGGCAGCCUGUGGUCGCCCAUGCCUCCGUCAAUCAUACUGGCUCCGCUUCACUCCUGCGGCUGGCCGCAGAUAUCGGCCCGUACAUCGCCGUACUACAAAUUCCGGCCGAUGCCAUCGACGAUUGGUCCAGCGAUACCAUCGAACAGCUUCAGUAUUUGUCUAGGAAACAUAGAUUUCUACUAUGGGAAGCAAGCAAGAUUUUGAACCCUCUGGUAAACUUCAUUGGCAGAGCGGAUACGCCGUUGGAAACAAGACAGGCGUUGGCGGACUUGAUCAAGAAAUCAUACACCAGUGGCCCAUUGAGGACGGCAACAUGGUCCAAUCUGGCCAGCUGUUGGGCCCCCGCAGCUCCAAUCGAACAACAAGAAAAUGAUAUAUUGAUCCCAACCUUGAGAUUGGCAGCCCGCGAGGCAGUCGCGACAACCGCAAAGAUAAUCCAAACCGAGAUCUCAGCCGAAACAAAUAAUUACUCGUCGAGCGAUGAAGUGGAAAUGGUUAUCCCCUACACGGAAACAAGCAAUGGUUGGAAAGAAUUCAGUCCGAAUAAUACGGGAUCAGUAUUACGGAAAUCGUCAACCAUCUCCGUCACGACCGAGUCUGUGAUUCCGCACGCACACCUUCAAGCAGAUAACGGUGUCCCAAUCCCCCCGCUACUCGCCCGCAGCGUUGCACUCUGUCUACCCAGCACCACUGAAUACGCGUUUACCUCCGAAUUCCGCCAAAGUACGAUAGUCGCCGCAUGUGCCAACCCCGACUUUGUCACCGGAUUCGCAACGAGCGAUCCCUUUUUCGUGAAUCACCGAGGAAAUGAUAUUUGUGAUUUGGCAUUAUUCGACGGCGCCGGAAAUCCCCAAUUAGGCAUCAGCGCUGACAAGCUCGCUACCUUGCCUUACGUCAACGAACACCGAAAAUCACUCGCUGUAUUCUCUCUUGUACCACCUAGUCUUGGCCUUGGCUUUGAGUUUGAUCCUACUGUCAAGCCCGAUGGAAGUGCACCAUCCGAAUCCGACUCUGAAACCCCAUACACUGCGCAAUACCUAUUCCAUGCCGUCGGGCAAGCGGUAGCCCUUCGAGAAAAGAACCGACAAGAGCAAGAAGCUAGCGGUCCUCGAAAGCAACCGGUGGGCCCCAAUCUCAUACAUGUUCCUGUGGUUAUUGUUGUAUAA